UUUACAAGUAUAUCGGUCACCUUGGACUUAUUUAUACAGACUACUCAAAUGAAAGUGGAUUUCAUUUACACAGAAUUCCAUUGUGAAUUUCUAAACAAACUUGGGACCACUAGUAUCAAUUCUGCUGGUGUAGAGAGCGUCCAGAUGCUUCCUGAAUUUCAUUGCGGGAUUCCUUUUGAGGAGAUGCGUUAGCUGCCUUAAUAGUCCCCUGCGAUCCAAGCUCAACAGGACAAAUGAAAGUUGUGUUGAAGCUGGACUUGCACGAUGACAAGGAGAAAAAGAAGGCCAUGAGUGCAGUUUCCACCCUCACAGGUAUUGAUUCGAUUGAAAUGAACAUGAAGGAUAAAAAGCUGACAGUUAUUGGGGAGGUAGACCCAGUGUGUGUUGUUAAAAAAGUGAGAAAAAUUUGGCGUCUCACAGAAAUUUUGACAGUUGGGCCUGCAAAAGAGGAGAAGAAAGAUGAUGGGAAGAAAGAUGAUAAGAAGAAAGAUGAUAAGAAGGAUGAUAAAGGACCUAAUCCUCAUCACACGGUCGAAUACUAUUACGUGCCAGAUCCCUAUCCAAAUAACUGUGUCAUCUGCUGAUUGUGAGGUUUGAGGGAAACGGCUGUGAGAGUUUGAAUGCUUUGGUGAUGAAACGGAAAUCUGUAUGAUUUGAGUUUUAUUGUAUUAUGCAGGCUCUCAAUUGUAAAACAUUCCUCAAACAGUACAAAAUUUAUGAGGGGAAUGUCAUUGAAAUUCAAUGCUGA